AUGCGGGAUAUAUUAAAAACUUUACAAGAGAACGACACAUGCACAAUAUUAUAUUCUCCAAAAGGUGAACAAGCAGCAAAUAAUUUAGCAUCAGCUCUACAAGAAUGUGAUACAUUAAAAACAUUAAAUUUGGAAGGAAAUAAUAUUUCAAAUGAAAUGGCACAACGUAUCGCAGAUUAUAUACAACAAACUACACCAAUUGUUGGAUUAAAUUUUGAAAGAAAUGCUAUUCAUGAACGAAAAAUGCAACAGUUGAUUCAUUCACUACAAAACGAUACAAUCCUUACAACAUUGAAUUUAUCAAACAAUGGAAUUCAUAAUAAAGGUGGACGAAUGAUUGUCAAUAUAUUACCAUAUAAUCAAACACUUCUGACAAUUAAUCUUCAGCAUAAUGAAAUUGGUGAUGUUGUAGCUAGACGUUUAGCAAAAUCUUUAGAACGAAAUUCAACAUUAAGAAAUAUAGAUAUUGGAUGGAAUAAGAUUACUGAUGAAGGUGCUCGAUAUUUAGCUGGUGCUUUACGAAAAAAUAAUUCACUUCUAACAGUAAAUCUCGAACAUAAUAAAAUUAGUUCGAAAGGUGUACAAGACUUGAUCAAAGUAUUCCAAGAUAAUCAAACACUAAAUAUGUUGAAUUUAAGUGAUAAUGAAAUUACUGAUGAAGAUAUGAUUAACAAUAUCAGAAUGAACUUUUUAAGAAUUCAAAUUUAA